AUGGACCCCGGCCACUUCCAGAUGAAGGGACUACCACAGAUCACGAGAUCACCGGAAGGGGGCGGCGACCCCGUCGUAGUAGACAAGGACGAAGCCGUCGUCACGGCGAAUGGAAACUUGCCGGUUGCUGCUAACGGGACACGAGCGAGGUCGCCGAGUCAGGGGAUGGCCAGAUGGUGGACUUGGACUUGCGCGAGGACGAAAACCGCGAGAGGGAGAACAGUUCAUUAUGAACAUAGACAUGGCGACGAGGCUACGAUUGUCCUGGUUGACAGCAAAGAGGAAAGCAAUGUACAAAAGCGGGCCACGAGACUCACGGAGCUCGGAGAGGCCGCGCAGAGGUAUGACAAGAAUAUUAUCAUCAUAUCCACAUAUAAUCUGAUGUCCAAGGGAUGGGACGGAUUACAGCUGUGGUGCACAUAUACGGUGUAUAUGGGAGAGGCGUACACCCGCGCGCCGCCCUGUGUGCUGUCGGGCAAGCCCGAGGGCAGGGAGGGUAUCGUGGCCGUAGUCGGCGGCGAUCAUGCGGAAGAGGACUAUCUCAGGAUUGGAAAGGGGCGUUGA